UCCAUGUUGUGUGUAGGUGUUGCGCAGUCAGAUCAGAUUCUUUAUAGAAUUUAAAUAAGAAUAAAAAUAAAACAUGAAACUUUAUCUUUUUAUUAAAUAUUUCAUUUUUAUCGUGAGUUUAAUGUUGAUAGUAAAUGUGGAGGCUGAUCAGACUUUCACUUCUCCAGCACAGGUUUGCAGUACUUUGACCAGUUGUGAAUUGUGUCUGAAAAACGUGUCGUGUCUGUGGUGCUACACUAAUGAUUCCUGCACUGAUUACCCUGUCUCACACCUACUGCCCCCAUCAUCAGUCUGUCCACUCGCUCAGGCUCGCUGGGGGGUCUGCUGGGUAAACUUCGAGGCUCUGAUCAUUGCCAUGGCGGUGGUAUCAGGUUUGUUGUUGCUGGGCGUGACCGUGUGCUGCUGCUGCUGCUGCCGCUGCUGUGGAUCAUCAUCACGACGCAGCGGCAGCUACCGUUAUGAGGAGGAAGUCGCCCGUAGGAGGGAGAGGAACAAACAGCUUUCGGAUGAAAGAGCUGAACGGAGGAUGAAGCAUGAUGAUAUUCGCAGGAAGUACGGGCUGAUUUCGGACUCUGAUCACCCGUACAGCAGGUUCGAGAACGAGUGAGCAAGACUGAAGAUUCUCCACCAGAACCUGAGGAACCCCCGUCGUUCUGUCACCACUCCUAAUCCUAUACGCCCCCCGCCCCCACCCCCCCCCCCCCAAAAAAAAAAAACCCAACUUACCCCCCCCACUCUGUGAACAGACAGAAUUCUACAUGCUGAAAUCCUCCAUACUGCACUGUAAUAUUUGCGAAUGAAUGUGUGUGUGUGUGUGUGUGUGUGAGAGAGUGUGAGAGUGUGUGUGUGAGAGUGUGUGUGUGAGAGUGUGUGUGUGAGAGUGUGUGUGUGAGAGUGUGUGUGAGAGUGUAGUUUAAAUUUGCUUGUAAGCUUUGAUCUUUUUGAACUGUUUCCUAAUAAACUGAGUCUCUAUUUUUA